AUGGAACUCACUCCCAACCCUAUCGAUGCCAACGAAGUUGCAUUUAAGAAACGAAAAAAAUAUAUGAGCAUAAAAAAAGCUAAAGCAAACUUAACCAAUAUAAACUCAAACGAAACGAGCGACAUGCCAGUGGAGCCCCCUCCGUCUUAUCCAAGUGGGACCAACACGGAUGAGAAUGAUAUCACAACCAAAAGUAAAGUAAAAAAACAUAGACUAAAAAAAGUGGACCAGCAGCACAAUGAGGUUUCAAACAACGGCGAUGGAGAAAAUAAUGUGGAGUCCAUGAAUCAACAAAGCAGAAAGAAAAAGUUAACAGGAAAAAAAAAAAAAGACCAAAAGGAAAGUCUCGAUGAGAAGGAACAACCGGAUGAAGUCACAAAUGUAGAAACGACUGCAGAACAAAAAGCAAAAUUACAGCAAGCACGAAAAAUAAAAAAAGACUUGAAAGAAAAAAAAAACAAUCCAAUAAAUGUCAACGCCGACACCUUGGAAGAACAAAUUGACACCAUUAACAAACAGCCAACAAAAGACACAAAACAAAUAAUCCUAGAACUAAAAAAUACACUAAACAUUGUGGAUAGUUCGAACGAAAUUAAAAAAAUUGACGGGCUAAGUACAAAUGAAAUAAAAAUCCUAGACACAUGGUAUUUUGCCAACAAGUUAAAAAUUAUCCCCUGCUUGUUUGAAGACAAACCGCUAAAUUCGAACUUACUAAAUGCGCUGUACUAUAUCGAACCCGCAUUUAAAAAUAAAAAAGGGAAAAUAAUCAUCUACCUAAAAUUUAUCAAGGCGAAAUAUGAAAAGUCGUUGAAGAAGGGAAACGGGGAAAAGGUGGAUGACAGUGAUGAGGACAAGAAGGACUCAUGUAAGGAUGAAGGGAUUGACAGACAAGAACAGUGCAAAGGUAAAAUUAUGGACAUACUAAACAACGAUUUACAAAAUUUAAAGCAACAGGAAUACAUGAAAAAGAUAAUUGAACUUGUAAAGGACGAAAACAGUUUUAUCAAUUUAAGGUAUCAUUUCGACUUUCUCGCAAAUAACUGCAUUGACAUGCUUGACGUGUUCCUGGAGGAAGAUGGACUAUCGUGCAUAAAACAGAUGUUGCAAAAUAUAGCCAAAAAAAAACGCAUGAAAAAAUGCUCCACUUUGUUAAUUCAUGUUCUAAAGGUUUUAAAAAAUUUAAACAUCACUCUCGAUCAUUUAAAGUGCACCUUGAUCGGAGUCCCCAUCAAUUUUAUAGCUAGAAAUAAAGUCGAUGAAAAAAAUGGCCUCAACUAUACCACGGACAACGAACAGGUUCAGAACAUGGCCAGGGAGUUAAUCGACGAGUGGAAACUUAUACGGGAUAAAGCCUUAACUGGCGUGGGCGCCGAUCGGGGUGGCCAAUCUAUGGGGGAGAAAAACAGCGAAAGAAAACUGGAAGAAGCAGAAGAAAACAAAACUGAAAACGCAGUAGAAAGGAAACGGGAAAAUUCGCUAGAAAAUGCCACAGAAAACAAGCUGGACAGUACAAUACCCCCCGCGGAAGAUGAGGACACCCAAGCGGGUUUCUCAACCAAAAGUAAAACCAUGGACGCGCUCCCCAGGGAGCAGAGCCCAAGCGAUCGCGUUAUCAGAAAUGCGAAAUCUAUGAACCUUAAAAACGAUGAAAAGAGAAACCAAGAAGAAACGAAAGGAAGUCCCAAUUUCGUCCAUCUGGAGCCGAAAAGUGUAAGCCCACAUGCCAAAAGUAAUGAUAAAAAAAAAACAAACAGGUCCAACGAAAGCAAAAAUAUUAUGCUAGAAAUAAUAGACACACUGAAUGAAGAGUACGAAAAGAAAAAAAAAAGACAUCAAGAAUAUAAAAAAGCAAAAAUUGAAGGAAAAAUCAAAAAGUUUAGUUCUUUAAAAAAUACUUCUGAAAAUCCCAAUAGUGAAAUUCUCCUCCCCGAUAUUGCGAAUAUUCGUAAACCCCAUCUGGAUAGUUCCUUAAGUAAAAAACUUCUACUAGGUGAUUUUCCUCCACCCAACGCACUGCCCCAGCAUCAUCACAUGAGCAAAAAUUUCCCACAAACUAGUACCAGCGUUAUGAAUAAUUAUACGCAGAGCUCCAACUAUACAAUGAACAAAAGUGCAAGGAUGAUGAGUGCAUCUCCCCCACCAAAUGAUAGGUUUAACAGAGGAAACCAAAAGUACCCUUUGGACUUUUCAAGAACACAACACGGGAAUGCAUACCUACAGGAAGAAGAACCCUACAACACUAGUAACAUUGUUAGUAGAAAUCAAAACUUACACAACAGGACCACUCAUCCAACGGAAAAUAAAUCUGCAUACAUGGACAAGUACAACGGUACCCACGAUGGUAGGAACAUUGCGAGUCAACAGUUUGCAGAGAAUGAAAACUUAUUUGAUCAUUCCCCCACCAAUAUCAUGAAUAAAGAUUUCAGCUUUUUAAAAAACAAACGUGGCUUCCCGUCCGAGCGAUAUGGCAACAACGCUAGUUAUGCAAAUGAUGAAAUGUAUAGAGAAUCAUCCACCUACAAACCACAUCAUAAAGAAGUGCAUCCAUCAGAUAGUAACAUUAACUCAUACUUUAACCAUAUGGAAGAUGAUGAGUUGGAUAAUAUACCACAGAAAAGGAGAAGAAACGUCUCCCCUAGGAAUAACCCAGAUAUAAGCUCCACAAACUAUCGAGGGUCCAAAGGGGCUGAAUAUUACCCAGAUGACCACCACAUGUAUGACCAUUCUUAUAGAGGAAGAAAUGGUGGUCAUAAAACGGUCCAUUUUUCUGAUGAAAAUCCAAACGUGUAUUCGCAUAAUGCACACAGAUUGGAUCGAAGUAAAGGAGGAGAAAUUAAAAACAGAAUGAGUGAUGUCCACUCUGAGGUUAAAGACCCAUUUGAAUUUUAUUCUGGAGUUACCUAUAACCCGAGGGAUCGGAACCAAGGACAAAUGGAAAGAUCGGCCAAAUCAGAACAAGGAAGAAACGGUAAGAUUUUUCAUAAUACCAAUACCAUAUGGUUUAAAAAUAGGGAUGACGAUGCUGUCCACCAUGUGGGUAGUCCAGAGGGAGAGGACACCCUUUUGGGUUCCUUCACAAACACAUUCAUGAAUUUAUCAACCUUUAAAAAUGUAUCCCAAUAUGGGAACAAACUCGCGGAAGGUGCGGAACGAAACACAUUUCCAUUCCUUCAUGGCACCUCGUGCACUGGUAACCAAAAUAACGUCUUAAUUUUACUUAACUCUGUUUUACUAAAAUGUGCAGGGAAUAAAAUGGAGGAACAUAAUCUCACCAACCAUAGGCAAGUCAACUUUGACGUCUAUCAUCAAGGGAAAAAACAUGCUGAUUUUUUCGAAACCACUUUUGGUAGUACAUCACAUAUGAAAGAAAUGCUUCAAGCUUCACUAAACGAAAUCUUUAAGAAUUACAAAACUUUUGAAAAUGUAAAAAUAAAUUACCAAGUUGCCAUAAAAGGAAACCACUACCCUCCAAAAAUAUAUGAAGACACCGAAGUCCUCAAAAAUGACAUCAUUAUUAAAUUUAAAUAUGACUCUUUGGAGAAAAUUCCUAUAUACUUAACGUCUGGAAACACACCAAACAGAUACGAAGCUAAGAUGGAUAGGAGUAGUAACAACGCGGCAAAUGUCCUUCCUGAAGAAUUUAACUUGCUGCCAUUACCAGAGUUGUUUCCCCCUCCAAAUUUAAACAACCUCAAACUCCCCCCCAUCCCGAUCAUACCUGGGCUUCCUUCAUCGCAAAAUAUUAUCCCUCCGAUUAUGUUUCCCCAUAAUUCUGGUCCGUUUAAUGAACUGCCCGAAGGCACGAACCGUCUGCCGCACGAACUCACCCAAAAUGACCUCAGUGGCAACUCCACCGACGGUGGCAAACUGUACAAAUCGUUCGACGAUUUCUUAAACAUUUUUGACGAGGAUAUUCGGAACAUUCUGCUCAAAAAUACUGACCUGGCCAAAUUACUCAUGAGCAAACCCGAUGUCGUGAAGCAGAUGCUCAAAGGCCCCAAGUACAUUAACGAAGCUUUGUGUUCGUUGGAAGAGGAGCUUAAAAGUUGGAACCGGUCAUCCAACUGA